AUGUCUUCAACUGAUACGUUGUCGACUCCACUCACUCUUCCUCCGAAGGACGACAGACUAAAAACCAUUGAUGUUAUCUCUACGAAAGGGAAUUCUUUCGAGGAUUUCUGUUUAAAACGGAAUCUGCUAAAAGGCAUAUACGAAAAAGGAUGGUCCACUCCUUCACCCGUUCAAGAAAGUAGUAUCCCCAUGGCGUUGUCAGGGCGCGAUAUUCUCGCUCGUGCAAAAAACGGAACAGGAAAGACUGGAGCAUAUUUGGUUCCAAUCCUUGAACGUAUAGACCCAUCUAUUGGUAAACUGCAAGCGCUAAUUCUUGUUCCUACCCGAGAGUUGGCUCUCCAAACUAGCCAAAUUGCAACAGAGGUGUCAAAGUAUCUAGGAAUAAGAAUUAUGGUCACAACCGGUGGAACCAAUCUCGUUGAGGACCUUGCGCGUCUAGAUGGCGCCGUGCAUUGCUUGAUUGCGACCCCCGGUCGUACCCUAGACUUUCUAAAUCGUUCCAUAUUGAAUAUGGAAAAAUGCCAUACCCUGGUUCUCGAUGAGGCGGACAAACUUUUGUCCACGGGAUUUCAUGAGAUGAUUGAUGAUGUCAUCAAAACACUUCCGGACGAUAGACAAAUUAUGCUGUAUUCCGCGACUUUUCCUGUUUCUGUGCAGUCAUUCACGAAGGCUCAUCUGAAAAACCCGUAUGAAAUAAAUUUGAUGGAAGAGUUAACCCUGAAGGGUGUGACGCAGUUUUACGCUUAUGUGCAGGAAAAGUAUAAAGUUCACUGCCUAAAUACACUGUUUUCUAAGCUCCAAAUCAAUCAGGCUAUUAUAUUCUGUAACACGGCCCAGCGAGUCGAGUUGCUAGCGAAAAAGGUAACCGAGUUAGGCUACUCGUGCUACUACAUUCAUGCAAGAAUGCCUCAACACUACCGAAAUCGUGUCUUUCAUGAUUUUCGAGCUGGUCAUUGUCGGAACCUGGUGUGCACGGAUCUCUUUACUCGUGGGAUUGACAUCCCUUCUGUUAAUGUUGUGAUCAACUUUGAUUUUCCAAAAUAUGCAGAGACGUACUUACACCGUAUCGGACGUUCUGGAAGGUUUGGGCACCUCGGUGUUGCCAUAAACUUGAUUACUCAUGAUGAUUGCUACCACCUUAAGGCUAUCGAAACUCAGCUGCGAACAGAAAUUAAAGCUAUUCCCAAAAACAUUGACAAACGUCUGUAUGUCUCCGAAUACCAAAAUCUUUCAACUUUGGAUGAAGAGACACGCAGAGCCCUUUCCUUGGGCCUCGGGAUUCCAGAAGAGUCCAAGGAACGGGACAUUAGUAGUCCCACAAACACACUGCCCGUUGAGGUCGAAAACAAGGCGUAG